AUGGACCCUUAUUAUGAGUAUUCAGAAAACAACUUGAUGGAGGAUGGCGAAGAGUAUGAAGAUCCUCAUUGCCAUGGCUGUCAACAACCUAUUGAGGAUGGGUCUGUUGUUCAGUUCGGGGAAGGAAUAUGGCAUUUUGAAUGCUUCCGCUGUGCUAAAUGCCGCAAACUGGUAGAAUGCUACAGUAAUUUAUUGCUAUUAAGAGACGGGAGCCCUAUUUGUGAGGACUGCUCUUAUAGUUGUCAUGCUUGUUCAAAAACUAUCAAAGACGAAGCUAUUAUGACAGGUGAGGAAGCGUAUCAUGCAGACUGUUUUCGUUGUGUGCAAUGUCACCGUAAAAUAGAGGAUUUGGUGUUCACUCAGACGAGCAAAGGCAUUUAUUGUACCCAAUGCCAUGAGACAAAAAAGUUACAAAGAUUGAAACGGAAAGAAGAAAAAGACCAACUAAAAUAUAAGAACAAUCUCGAUUAUGGUACUUUAAACAAUAAUGCACAGCCGACGCCGGCCCCCUUGUCACUUACAACAGCAGCAACAAGUACACCAGUUAUAGAUACAUCAUUACCACCAGUUAUACCACGAAUUAACUUACCACCCUCUAACACUGCUUUCCGUACUUCUUCAACUUUUUCAAUUGUGAAUGCUUACGCUGAAGAAAAUGGUUUAACACAAUCACCUAUUCUGGAUACAUUAAAUGAUAUCAAUGAAUUAAACGACAUGCUUAUGGGUAACAACAAAAGAAGUAGUGAAGAAACAUUGCGAAAUUCAACGGACCAGCAAACAGUUUCUAUUGCUGCUGCACCGCUUGUACCAGAGGACGAAAUACGAGAAUUAAAAAGGGAACUAAGCGAAACCAAACAUAGACUAAAUCAAGUCGAAAAUAAAUUUAGUAAAAUCAAAAAAAUCAGUCGAAAAGCACUUGAAGAAUUUAAUGUUGUGAAAGAAAGCUAUGCAUUCGAAGUGCAAUCUAGAAAAGAGGCGGAGAAACUGAUUAUUCGCUUGAAAAGUGAACUCGUUUUUUACCAACAAGCGUCCAUCUUUCCUUCUUUUGCAAAUUUUAAGCAGAUGAGUCAAGACGAGAUAGAAAUGUUGAACCAGCAACGUGCAGACUUAGAACUGUUAUGUCAUGAAUUUAGACAAGAAAGGGAUCGACUUACUCGUGAUAUGGAAUCUAUCAUUUUAAACCAAAAACCGUGGAAGAAAGAGGAUUUGGAAACGUAUUGGGUUAGCUUACAAUCGACUUAUCAGCACCAACUUCAGUCGGUUCAAAAAGAUUUACAAAUAGCCAAGUCUAAUUAUGCCAAGCUUAUCAAGGGUAGGGAGGAUAUAAUAUCGGAUAUGAUUCUUUUGAAUACUAAAAACGCAGAAUUAGCCCAAUUAAACAAUGAUUUGUCGAGACGUAUGAUUGAGAAAGAGCAAGAAGCAACGGCUGUACUUGCUGGUUUGAGCUUCCUAGCAGAUGAUACGAAAAAUGAAAAGCCUUCUAUACCGGUGAUACAACCUCACCACCAAGAUACUCAUCGUAAACAUCAUAAGCGUAAUCUUUCAACAGGUUCCAUUGGUAUUGUUAAGCCUACAACAAUCACAGCGCCUAGUUCAUCAACAUCUAUCAAUAAAUUCAGUACUGCUUCAGCAGCUACCGCAAAAAACUAUACCAAAUUAUCGGAUGAUACUAACCCAUCAAGGGUUUCAUCCUUGUCAAAUAAUAAUAUACCUAAAGUUGCACAAAGAGAUAGUUUCAAUGGUUCAUCAGUAGCAGCACCUAAAUUAUUCAAAUUUAGAAAAAACAAAAGUAUAUCCGGUAAACACAAUACCAACAAUUUGAAAGAAAAUGAGCUGGUCUCAUCAUUAUCAGUAACGACAGAAAGUACAACAACAAGGAACGAUAACAACAAUGAUAAGAGCAAUAUUGCAAAUGGAAAAGGCGCUGGUCGUAAGCAUUAUUAUGUGCCGUUCAAAUUUCUAAGACCAGUGAAAUGUGAAGGAUGUUAUGAAAAAAUGUGGGGAGUCAAUGAAUUAAAAUGCACAGAAUGUAAUAUGGCUUGUCAUUCAAAAUGUGUCUAUGACGCUCUUCAAGUGUGUCAAGGGAACAGCAGUCAUAACAAAUCUAGUUUUGACGGGUUUCGUAUCUUGAACGACUCUAAACUGAUAACGGAUUCCAAUAAUAUCAAUGAAAUAGCAAGGCAACCCAUGUUCGGUAACGAUUUAGCCAAGCAAGUGCAGGCUGAAAAGUCAAAAAUUCCAAUGAUUGUACAAAAAUGCAUUGAAUGUGUUGAACUUAGAGGCAUGGAUUAUGAAGGCAUUUAUCGUAAAUCGGGAGCAGUCGGGCAGAUUAGGCAGAUACAACAAGCAUUUGAUAAAGGUGUCGUAAUCAACCUUGAAGAUGCACAGAAAUGGCGAGAUAUUUGUGAUAUUACAAGCGUGUUGAAACAAUAUUUUAGAGAACUGCCAAAUCCUUUGUUUACUUAUGAACUUCAUUCAAAAUUCAUGAAUGCCAAUGCUUUGACGGAUGGCGAAGAAAAGCUAAGAACGAUAUCGCAAUUGAUACAGAUGUUACCUAUCGAAAACUUCAACACAUUAAAAUACCUCAUGGAACAUCUGAACAGAAUUCAGCUAAGGAGCAAAAAGAAUUUGAUGACAUCAAAAAAUUUAGCAGUGGUGUUUGGGCCAACACUUUUACGUGAUAUGGAUGAUAACAGAGAUCUUUUAGAGAUGAAUCAUAAGAUAGGCAUUAUUGAUUAUAUUUUAAACCAUAUGGAUUCCUUAUUCGUCAUUGAAACUAUCAAUAACAACAGCUCUAUACAAAGUUACAACAGCGCAGCACUUGGCCACCUGAAUCGUCGUGGAUAUACAUCAUCCUCUUUCGAUCUCCCGCGUCCUUCUCAACAGCAAGCACCAGCUGGGUAUAUAUAA